CUUAAGGACUCUACCAGAUAUUCCUUACUUGCCAGCAUUUCUCUCUCUCUUUCUUCGCAUAUAAAUAAGAUCGGCGGAUUUUAAUAAAAAUAAAAGAAGAAAAUAAAAUAAAAAAAGACUGCGAGAUCGAAAUUAGCAUUCAGCAGGAGAUGAAGAUUUUCGUCAAAACUCUCAAAGGCACUCACUUCGAUAUCGACGUCAAACCCGAAGAUGCGGUUGCUGAUGUAAAAAAGAACAUAGAAACUAUUCAAGGGGCAGAUGUUUAUCCUGCUGCACAACAAAUGCUUAUUCAUAAAGGCAAAGUUCUUAAAGAUGACAUGACACUGGCUGAGAACAGUGUCGCUGAAAAUAGCUUUAUUGUUAUCAUGUUGACUAAGAAUAAGAGUUCAACUGGUGAGGGUUCUACUGCUUCAACAGCUCCUGCAACUAAAGCUCCCCAGGCAAGUGCACCACCACCGGCUCCAGCACCAGCUUCUACUGCACCUGUUGCAACUUCAGCUACGGCUGCUCCUGUCACUGAAUCUGCUCCUGUUGCUUCGAGUACUACUGUGUCAGAGUCUGAUGUUUAUGGCCAAGCAGCAUCUAAUCUGGUUGCAGGAAGUAACUUAGAGGGAGCAAUCCAACAAAUUCUUGAUAUGGGUGGAGGGACCUGGGAUAGGGAUACUGUUGUCCGUGCCCUUCGUGCUGCUUAUAAUAACCCAGAAAGAGCUGUUGAAUAUUUGUAUUCUGGUAUCCCUGAGCAAGGUGAAGCUCCACCUGUUACCCGUGCCCCUAUAGUUGCGCAAACCACUAACCCUCCGGCACAGGCUCAACAGCCAGCACAAGCAGCAGCUGUUCCUACAAGUGGACCUAAUGCCAAUCCGUUAGACCUCUUUCCCCAGGGCAUUCCCAACAUUGGUGCAGGUGGUGCUGGGGCAGGCACUCUUGAUUUUUUACGUAACAGUCCACAGUUCCAAGCUUUGCGAGCGAUGGUGCAGGCCAACCCACAAAUAAUGCAGCCUAUGCUUCAAGAGUUGGGGAAACAAAAUCCUCAUCUAGUGAGACUUAUUCAAGAGCAUCAGGCCGACUUUAUUCGCCUGAUCAAUGAACCUGCUGAAGGUGGAGAGGGGAACAUAUUGGGGCAAUUGGCUGAGGCAAUGCCGCAAGCUAUACAAGUCACACCUGAGGAACGGGAUGCCAUAGAACGGCUUGAAGCAAUGGGCUUUGAUCGAGCAACCGUGCUCCAAGUGUUCUUUGCCUGCAACAAGAAUGAGGAACUGGCAGCCAACUACCUUUUAGAUCAUAUGCAUGAUUUUGAGGAUUGAUUUGGUAAAGAAAAUGGUUAGGUGAAGUACAAUUUUUUUGUCUUACUGUUAUUCAUGUUUCUCCCCCCUCCCUCCCAACUCGAGUGGCUUUUAUUUCUUAAUCAAGUUAUGUGAAGUGUUUGGUGCAGACGCAAGGGAUGUCAAGGUGUACCUUUCUUCGUUUUUAAGGACCAUUAUAACGUCAAAUACAAGUGUCUUUCUAA